AUGAGCGUCGCGUCCUGCCUGCCGCUCCCUCGCGUAGGGGUCAACCCUGAGUACCUUGUGCCCAGGGAUAGCACAUAUCCUUCAAAGACCGGCAUUCCAACAACCGAUGUGCCAGCGAGAAAACUUCCUGUUGUCCAGUCGAAGCCGGUUCCCCAAGGGACCGCCAGCUUUGAGAUCAUGAGGGCAGCCCUGCUUGAUGCUUUUGAUUCCAAAGUUCCGCGAGAUUAUCAUCUACCUCGUGAGCUGAUCGAUAAUCCACCUACAGAUGUUUCAGGAAUUCCUGCAUCUUGUGGGAUCUUAUCGAAAGAUGAAAUCGAUAUCACGGAGAAUCAUGACGCCGUUAGUCUUGUCGCCGCACUUGCGAAGCAGCAAUACACAGCUGUUGCUGUGACCACUGCCUUUUGCAAGCGUGCAAUAAUUGCGCAUCAGCUUACCUGCUGCCUGACAUCAUGGUUCAUGGAGAAAGCUAUUGAACAGGCAAAGGAGCUAGAUGACUAUAUGGCCAAGAACGGAAAGCCUAUCGGCGCCCUCCAUGGGCUUCCCGUCAGUAUCAAGGAGCACAUAGCUAUCCGUGGGACAUCUUCUUCACACGGAUACUUUGGCGGUAUCGGCAUCGACGAUACGGACAGUGAAAUGGUUGCAAUCCUUCGAAGUCAAGGCGCUGUCUUUUAUUGCAAGACCAACCAGCCACAGUCGAUUAUGCACCUGGAGAGUGACUCUCACUGGGGUCGAACUUUGAACCCCUUCAAUAUCCAUCUCUCGUCAGGUGGAUCUACGGGGGGUGAAGCAGCGCUGAUUGCGAUGAAAGGCUCGGUGAUCGGCGUUGGCACUGAUAUCGGCGGAAGCAUCCGAGGCCCCUCAGCCUUCUGUGGCAUCUACGGCUUCAAGCCUACGUCCAACAUUUUGCCAAUGAGAGGCUUUAGCAGAGGCACAUUCCCAGGCGAGCUGAAUGUGCUAGCAGCAACCGGGCCGAUGGGUCGUAGUUUGAGGGACAUGGACUUCUUCAUGCGGUCUAUCCUCUCCGCAAGGCCACAUCUGGCUAAUCCCGAGCUGAUUCCACAUCCAUGGGGUAGCAUAGAAGCCCCGCUUGGCCGGAGGUUGAAGAUUGGUAUCAUCGACAACGACGGGUUCAUCAUGCCCCAGCCACCUGUCAAGAGGGCGGUGUCUUGGGCAAAGGCUCUCCUAUCCGACCCUAAGUAUGGAGAUCUUGUCGAGAUCAAGGAUUUCAAAGUUUUCGGUGCGGCAGAGGCCUGGGACACGAUUCGAUUGAUGUACUGGCCGGAUGGUGGUAAACUCACAACGGAUGCCAUUACUUCUACUGGGGAGCCAGUCCACCCCUUAACUAAAUCGAUUUGCCAGACGGCUGAGCCACUUGGGAUGCAGACAGCCGGCGGCAUCAGUGUAAUGCGAGACGAAAGAGACAAGUUCCGACAUGCAUUUGCCAAGAGCUGGACAGAGCAGGAUGUGGACAUUGUCAUUGGGCCUGCGUUUGUUGGACCGGCGUCGGCCCACGACACCGCGUUCUACUGGACAUAUACCUCGCUCUAUAAUCUUGUUGAUUACCCAGGGGCCGUUGUUCCUACGCCCGUCAAGGCUGAACUCGGAGAAGAAUACGACACCAACUAUGUUCCGUUGAGCGCUGCUUGUCAGCAUGUCAAGGAGCUGUGGGAAACCGGGAACUUUGAGGGGGCCCCGAUAAACUUACAGAUUGUGGCAAGGAGAUACCAUGACAAUGAACUUUUUAGGGCACUCAAUGUCUUGAAAGAUAUUUUGGACCUUGCUUGA